CUGAGCGAAGGCUCUGCCCGCCAUGUUGUGGGCUGAGUGGGGCUCACAGGGACCAGUGGAAGCGCAGACGUGUAAGCUUGUGCUAGGCUAGCUGGCUUGCUAACCAUAGCAACAAUACGCGAAGGCGCAACAAGCCUCAUCCAACAAAAAAAAGUCGUUUCUCGAAAUAUCCUUGGCGUUUUACGUGAUUUAUUUCCUUAACGUAUGGGUUUAAAUCCCCGGAAUUCCAGUUGUACCUCGAACAAGUUCAGAAGAAUGGUGAUGGCGUGGUUGUGUGUGCUGCCGGCUCCUGGCGUGUGGAGAUGGUUUUAACAGACACAGUUCUAGAGGACUCAGGAACACAUCACUGGGCUGGAGAGGCUUCCUAACACACACACACACACACAAAACAGAACAUUCUAUCCACACACACACACACACACACUUCCCUCUUGAGAGUGUGUGAGCCAAACUCUCCUUUGUGAGAGAGCGUUUCUGUCCAGUGCGCGUCAACCAUCACCAUUGCCGCCAUGCCGAGCUCCACCAUCCGGCGUCAGAUGAAGAACAUGGUCAACAACUACUCUGACGCCGAGAAGAAGGUGCGCGAGGCGACCUCCAACGACUCAUGGGGCCCCUCGUCCUCGCUGAUGUCGGAGAUCGCCGACCUGACGUACAACGUGGUGGCCUUCUCUGAGAUCAUGAGCAUGAUCUGGAAACGCCUCAACGACCACGGCAAGAACUGGAGGCACGUGUACAAGGCCCUGACCCUGCUGGACUACCUGAUGAAGACGGGCUCAGAGCGCGUGGCGCUGCAGUGCAAGGAGAACAUCUUCGCCAUCCAGACACUGAAGGACUUCCAGUACGUGGACCGGGACGGGAAGGACCAGGGCAUCAACGUCCGGGAGAAGAGCAAGCAGCUGGUGGUGCUCCUCAAGGAUGAAGACAGGCUCAAAGGAGAGAGGUCCCAGGCGUUGAAGACCAAGGAGCGCAUGGCCCAGGUGUCCACCCCGGGUGCAGCUGCCCAGAUGGGCUUCGGCAGGGGCUCGUCCCAGCCCAACCUCUCCACCUCCUACUCUGAGGAGUACGGCAAGUCAGAGGGCUCGCCUGCUUCCUACCACGGCUCCACGUCUCCCGCGGCGGGCUCGGAGCUGGAACAGGCUCGGCCCCAGACCAGUGGGGAGGAGGAGCUGCAGCUGCAGCUGGCCCUGGCCAUGAGCAGAGAGGCUGCAGAACAGGAGGAGCGUAUCCGUCGGGGGGAUGAUCUGAGACUACAGAUGGCUCUGGAGGAGAGUAAGAAAGGACCUUCGACUGAACCUGGCUCUGCCAAACUGGCCAAGAAGAAGAAGGAGCCUCAGUCUUCUCUCAUGGACCUGAUGGAUGUUCCAGAGGGAGAGCCCAGGCCAGAGCCCUGGGGGGCGGGGGCAGCUGCUCCAGACCCAUGGCACUCCUACGGUGCAGCUCCCAAGCCUGCAGCACCAGUGGACCCCUGGGGACCCCCCUCCUCCUCCUCUGCUCCCCCCAUGAAGAGCAGCGAUCCCUGGGGAAGCAGCUCUGCAUCCGGCCCUGACCCCUGGAACUCCAAUACAGGGACAGGUAGCUUCGACCUGUUUGGUGUGUCUAACGGUGAUGGUGGAGGUGUGUCAUCCCUGCCCUCCCAGAGUGGAGGAGGAGGGGGCAGCCUCAGUAUGGACCUGUUUGACCCCCUGCCCAGCAGCAACGCCACACGCAAGACCCCUGAGUCCUUCCUGGGGCCCAAUGCCGCCCUGGUCAACCUGGACUCCCUGAUCUGCAAGCCCCCCCAGCCAGCCCCCACCGUCAACCCCUUCCUAGCCUCCGCAGGCUCCGCCCCCGCGCCGGCUGCCCAGGCCAAUCCCUUCCAGCUCAGCCAGCCAGUCCCUCCCACCCUCAACCAGCUGCGCGUCAGCCCCAUGCCCCUGGGCUUUGGAAGCAUGGCGGAGCCCCUGGCCCUGUCCUCCCUGCCCCCCCAGCCCAUCAGCAUGGUGCCUGUGGGGGGCCGCAUGAUGCUAGGUGUGGGGGUGCCAGGGGCCCUCCCUGCCUCCAUGUCCAUGCCCCAGCCCCUCAUGAGCAGCAGCCUGGGCCCCCAGGGAGCCCAGCCGCCCGGAACCACCAACCCCUUCCUGCUGUGAGGUGGGGGAGGGUGACACGAGCCCUCUGCACCCCCCCUCCCCUCCUGUCUCUGCCCUACAAGCUGCCCAGUCACCUGCGCCCUCAUACAGUGUCACUCUCCGGAGACUUGAUGGACUAGCAGUGGUGUUUACAGUUUUUAUAUGAGCAGAGAGAGAACUGUCUCUCCUCCACCUCCUCUCCUUUCUCUCUGUCUCUCUCCUCCACCCAGACCCCCCCCAUCCCCAGGGAGCAUGAGAGCUGCAGAGCUCACUCAUCUACUAAUGCUAGUCUGUCUGGGAGCAGGUUAUGUAUUUACUCUAAGCUAACCUUUUAUAACCCCGACCAGCUGUGUGUGUGUAUGUAUGUAUGCCAGUGUGUGUCGGUGCUUAUACACUGUGUGUAUUCCAGUGGGCUUCAGUUUAGACUGUGUGUGUUUAGGACUGUGUGGACGAGGUUACAGUUAGGUGUGUGUGUUACAGCUGACUGUGUGUGUGUUACUAAGCAGGGAUUUUGCACAUGCGUUUCUUUCUGUGACUGUUGGCUCACCGCUGGUCCUUAGCCGGAGAGAGAGCAAGGCCGUGACCCCCGGUACUGCUCCCAACUCUCUGAGGUCACUGCCUAGGUUUGACACGCUCUGACCCUCCACAUGAACUUUGACCCCCCCCCCCCCCCCAGAGGUCAACAACCACAAGAACUGUAAACUUGACAUCACUGUGAGGAAGACCUGCCAUCUGGGUGUGUUGGGGGGACUGGGGUGCAUGUCCCAUCCUCUGCCUGCCUGCUUCCUGGAAAGCUGUGACUGAGGGGAGCACAGAGGCAUUGUGGGAACUGCCACUCCCCGAUCAUACAUGUUCCUGCCCUCCAGGCUAUACAGGCCAGGGACUGUGGGGGAGGGUUUUCUAUGGGGUCAAAGGGCAGGAUGAGGCCAGGACGAGCACCACAGAGGAGCUUCCUCCUGCUCAGAGCAGAGGUGUUCAUGUAGGCCAUGCUGAUGACUUCACAUCAGGUUUGAAUCUUACUGUUGUUUGAAUAACCAUGAUCAUGUAUCCUUCAGUAAUAUCUGCUCAUAUUUGUCUUGAUGUCUGUCGGUGUCUAUCUCUCUGCCUGUGUGUGUGUGUGUGUGUGUCUAGCUGUUUGUAGCCUUCAAGUGUUCUUUAACAAACCUGCCAGAGCUAGCCCAGUAGAGGAGACCUUGAGCUGAUAUCUACUGGUACUAUAGGCCUCUCUCUCCCUCCCGCUCUCUCUUCCUCUCUCUCUCUGCCCCACCUUUCUUUAUCUCCGUAGAGCAGUAUUUCCUAGAGGGUGGAGGAACAUUCAGGCAGUGUGUGCAUGUUUCCACGGCGAUGCAGUUGCUGGUUGUGAGAUCUUGAGUGUGUGUUUAGGAGGUGUGAUCAGUCCUCAGCAUAGUGGAACAGAUCUGGGGCCCAAGUGGAUUCACAUCACGUUGGCUAAUCUGCCUGCAAGUUCAUUAACCAUCAAACACCCCCCCCCUAAUCCUAAUCCUAAAGACAGGUGUGUGCACACAGGUACACACCCAGGGAUGGUGGUUGGAUGAGUUGACUCUAAGCAACAGUACAGCAGUGCUAGCAUGUCUUAUUGUCUUUACUUUUUGUUUAUUAGUUAUGUUUUAUUUUCCUCCUAGAUGUAGAGUCCAUAGUCAAGCCUUCCUGUUUCAGGGCUGUAUACUAGCUAAGUCAUGUAUCACUCUUCUCAAAAGCUCUCUCUCCAUCACCCUGUGUAUGUCUCUUCCUCUGUGGUUAUAUAGUACUACUCUAUAAGCACAAGCCUUUUUCUCCAGUUGUUACCAAAGUCACAGGAAGUCUGUGAUUUCUAAUUAGUUAUUUUAUUCUUUGUAAACAUUGUUAUUCUUAUUACCCUAACAUGUAGAAACUCUCCAUCAAUCCCUGCCAUAGGAACCUGUUUUUUUCUUAUUUUACUUCCCUGUUCAGAAAUCACUGUGUGAAGGGUUCCCAUGGUUUUCUCUGGGUGAGCUAGCGCCCUCUCCUGGUCAGCUGUGGUGCUACGGCCAAGCAGCCAGCCUCCAGCAGACAUCCCUCUUCUCUCAGGCGCAGGACCAGGUGAUGCUCCUCACAGACCACACACCGUUAAGCAACAUUUAAAUAUGCAAACAUUAAAAAAUAAUUUGAUUUAAGAAAAAAAGAAAUGACUAAACGCUUGUGGUUGUGCAAAUGUUUAGUUUUGCCGAAGAGUCUUCUGGAAUAUAUCUCAGUGUGUGCUAAGUAGCUCCUCUGUCAGUGCAUUGUUAGGGUUUUAUCAUGGAGGACUAACAUUGUGGACUUGAGCAUAAACAAGUCUGUAUCACGUUCAUGGUCCAGUCUGUCUGUAUAUUUACCAUAACCCCAGGAGCAGGCUGCUUUUUUAUGGAUAUGUGCUCAACUCUUUGGCAUUAUAACUGUAUAAUAUAAUUUAUCAUUUGUACUAUUGUAACAUAAUGUUCUGUACCUUAUUCUGUGUACUGGUUUUUAGUAGGAGAGUCACAGUGUGGUAUUUUAACACCCUCUAAAACUGCAGCAAGUCACACAACGAACUAGCUGCAAAACAUAAAAAUAAAAAGUCUGACUUCA